GCUAAGUUCGUUCCAGAGACACCACUGGAGCGUUAGCUGUUAUGCGCUUUCUAACUUAUUGCACCGAAUUAGCCAGCUAGCUAACCGGAAAGCCAUUUGGCAUAGAAGACAGAGAGAAGUAGUAUUUAGCAUAGAAUCAAGUUAGCUAGAUAUAUUUUUUUGCAAAUAUGUCUGGAAGCCCUAAAUUUGUCAGUCCCUUUCACAGACCUCACUGUUUAGCAGCCGCUGCACCGGCAGGGAAAGCAAAGCUGACUCACCCUGGCAAAGCGAUUUUGGCAGGUGGGAUCGCCGGAGGCAUCGAGAUCUGCAUCACCUUCCCCACAGAGUAUGUGAAGACCCAGCUGCAGCUGGACGAGAAGGCCAACCCCCCGCGUUACCGUGGCAUCGGGGACUGUGUUAAGCAGACGGUUGAGGGCCAUGGCGUGAGGGGGCUGUACCGAGGCCUGAGCUCACUGGUCUAUGGCUCCAUUCCCAAAGCUGCUGUGCGGUUCGGGAUGUUCGAGUUCCUGAGUAACCGGAUGCGGGACGAGACGGGGAAGCUGGACAGCACGCAGGGGCUGCUCUGUGGCCUGGGGGCGGGCGUGGCCGAGGCCGUCGUGGUGGUGUGCCCCAUGGAGACGGUGAAGGUUAAGUUCAUCCACGACCAGACCUCGGGUAACCCGAAGUACAGAGGCUUCUUCCACGGGGUGAGAGAGAUCGUCAGAACUCAAGGAAUUAAGGGCACGUAUCAGGGCCUGACGGCGACAGUAUUGAAACAGGGCUCCAACCAGGCCAUUCGCUUCUUUGUGAUGACCUCACUCAGGAACUGGUACAAAGGCGAUAACCCAGAUAAGGCUAUUAAUCCGCUGAUAACGGGCACGUUUGGGGCCAUCGCUGGGGCUGCCAGCGUUUUCGGGAACACACCUCUGGACGUGAUCAAGACCAGGAUGCAGGGUCUGGAAGCUCACAAAUACAAGAGCACCCUGGACUGCGCCGUGAAGAUCAUGAAACACGAGGGCCCGACUGCAUUCUACAAGGGCACGGUGCCGCGCCUGGGCCGCGUGUGCCUGGACGUGGCCAUCGUGUUCGUGAUCUACGAGGAGGUGGUGAAGGUGCUGAACAAGGUGUGGAAGACCGACUGAGGAGGACGGCCGGCCCCGUGACAUCGCUCUGGGGAUGAAAGGGGCGCGGGGGGGCGUUUGCCACGGCCACCGGUCCUGCGUCCGCUAACAGCUAUUAAUACUUUUUUUUACAAUGUUGUUAAUACACUUUAUUUUAAAAAUGUGACAGAUUUCUAUGAAUGUGAAACAUAGGGGCUUAUUUAGGCUGAAAUGGACGAACCGUUUACCCUUUCCUGGCCUCUCGAGAUGGAAGAAAUGGGACAGGAAACGGUCCUGCAGUUUUGUCAUGCCAAGCGGACUCUUACUCCACUUUACAGUCCGAACUAGUCUCCUGAGGAUAAUGCCAAAUGUCACGUGAAGUAGAUUUCUUCACUGGACAACAAGCCGCAAAUCAAUCAACAGUUUAUUCAUAAAUCUUAAAUCAGUUAAUUGCUGCAAGAACACACACACGCCCAUUUAGAAUGCCUUAACACAUUUUAUACCCCCAACAUACACAUUUCACACCCCCAACACAAUCCUUCAGAAUGCCUUAACACAUACACCCCCAACACAAUGUCCUUCAGAACGCCUUAACACAUUGUACACCACCAACACAAUGUCAUUCAGAAUGCCUUAACACAUUAUACACCCCAGCAGUGUCUUAAAGAAUGCCUUAACACAUUAUAUACCCCCAGCACCUAGAUUAUACACCCCCAACACAAUCCUUCAGAAUGCCCCAACACAUUAUACACCCCAGCACAAUGUCCUACAGAAUGCCUUAACACAUACACACCCCCAACACAUGCCAUUUCCCCAGUAUAAUUUUGUAUUUCUUUUUUUUUUUUUAACAUUUUUCCUUCCAUUUUGAGCAGGUCAGUGCACAACUAUGACGGUUCUAUUCCAGUGAAUUUAUUUAUCAUCCAUUCAGCCAGAUUCCUUAACAAAUACGAAUACGUGCUCAUUUUAAAUGGACUUUUACAAACGGUGUUCAUCGUUCCAUGCACGUACAGAAAACAUAAACUCUUGCCGCACACCGGCUGGUGUGACACCGCGGCCUGUUCCCUGGCCGCCCGGCAGUGUGGAGACGGUGUCGGAGGGGAAAGGGCCUCAUGACGGGGGGCGGUUCUGGGCUGAGCUCCGCAGCGAGACGUUUAUUAGCAUUCACACCUUCAGUGCCUUGAGGUUCGGUCAUUUCGCGGAACGUGAAAGCAUUUGCGCAAAAGGGCGAAGCCUCGUGAGAAUGCCUCCCCAAUGUCGCUGUGGCUUUUAUACACGGCUUAUCCUUCUUUCAAAAGGAGUGUAUCCUUUUUUUUUUUUUUUUUUAGGCCAUUUCAUAAGCCUCAGAAACACGUUUAAGCAGACCCCCCCCCCCCCCGGUCAAAUGGGUACACCUUUGACCUUUGGCCUCGUCAGCAUGGCAGUGCAGUUCGUAAUUACGAAAGCUGUGACAUCACUGUGACCUGUCCGUUAUGCCCACCGAAGCUCUGGUGUCUCACUGCCAGUCCAUGAGCUCCAGCAGGCUGCUGCGAUUUGGGGGAGCCCCUCGUAGGGUCUAGCAGAAUGUGUGCCGAACCACGCCCUGGCUCAACUUCAGACACGAGGGAAACUUGUUUCCUUCUGCUUUUGCAUAAUGUGCAUAAUGUUGCCUUGCGUAGCUGAGCAGCCCUGCUGUAAGAUUCUUUAACAUUAGAAAUGACAAAAAACACACUAUACAAAUAUAUAUCUAAUGGGAUUCUGCUAUCAAUCCACAGUACCCGCUACAACUGAGUCAACACGGAUGUCAACUCACAAGCUGAAAGCAGCACUUUAUUUACCAAAAACAAUACCACCUUUACAUGUGCUACAGUAUGUAAGACAUCACCCGAGGUGCUCGUGCCUGUGUGUACAAACCGUGUGUGUGUGUGUGUGUGUGUGUAGAGAAUACACAAGUGUGUAUGCAUAAACCAUACGGGUGUGUGUGUGUUAAUGCAGGUGUGGUCAUGUGUCUAACGCAGUGUGCCUUCAGAACACAAUGAAUGUCAAAAAUAAUAAAAUCUAACUGUUCUUUAAUUCAAUAAAUGAAGCUGAAACACUGGGACAA